AUGCCACCAUGUCCUAUGAAAACGAAGUCCUCUAUUUUCUCACAGGCCAAGCAGCACCUAUCUAUCAGUGAGUACUCGUGGCUUGGGCGAAGGACUGGGGAAGGAAGCUGUUUACCGCACUGUAAUACAAGGGUCACUUGGUGACAUGGCCCCCAUGUGCAAGCUUGUCCUAGAAGGAGAUGCAUCCUGCCUUUAAACAUAACCAGCUAGAACUCUUGUGCCAGUUUCUGCUGCAGCUUCCUUUCUCCCCCUCCACCCCUCAAAGCAGGGCUAUGCCCUCAGAACUGUUCUGGACUGGAAGGGUAACGAAUGGACUAUUCUCUCACUUGUAUUUUUCAAGGUUGAAAUGUGCUUGCCGGUACUUUAUUGGUGAUACCCUGUUGCUCCAGUACAGCCCAAUAGAAGCCCCAUCGCCAAGUAUCAUGCCUGGGCUGGGGGUGCUGGUGCUUGCCCUUAAGCUGGCCAGAGGUAAUGUCACAGUACAGCCUUCUGUGGGAGCCUUGCAGGUUAAGGCUGCAACCAAACUUUAUCUAAAAAUUUGUGAAUUUUAUCUCAAAACAGCAGACAGGAAUAGAUAAAACAUCUAUGAGGAACAUUUUUUCAUCUGACAUCAGGGAUGGGGAACCUGUGGCCCUUUUAGACAUUGUUGGACCGCAGCUCGCAUCAGCCUCAGGCAUUAUGGCCAGUGGCUGUGGGUGAUAGGAGAUGCAGUCAAAGAUUUGUAGGGACAGAUCUACAUGAUAAUACAAAUAUUGUAUUGAUGGUACUCCUGUGUGUUGAGGGAGAAUACUUCUUAAGAUGUUGCUAGUCAAAUGCAAUUGCAGUAAGUAUUCACAUUAAGUCUCCCCCCCCCCCCCAAGGUAGGGAGAUUUAAUCCAGCCUACAGUCUUUGAGUGUUGAAUACCUAGUUUAUGCAUUGUGGGCUGAAGAGUUCUGCUGCAUUUUCUUCCAUCACCCCAAAAGCAUGUGGAGGGGUGUUUUAGGAGCAGCCAGGAACAUCUCUUGGCUGUUUUGGGUGGGUGGGGGUGGGGUUAUCAGUGGCCUAGUUGGGAUUCCUCACAGCAAGUGGUUUGGUAGUGAGCACCAGACUUUCCCAGACCACCUAGCAGAGAUGCAAUACACAGAGAUGUAUUGCAGAAAAGGAUUCUUUUUGCUCAAAAUCACUUUUCCAAGCUCAUCAGGAGUUCCAACAUUUAAAACAUGCUAUACAGAAUUGUUCUAUGGUCUCUAAAUAGUCUGAAAACCAUAGCCAGGGUUUGGAGGAUGGAAAGCAGCUUAUGUGAACUAGACGAGCAAAGUCGUCAAGAUGCAUCUCCCCCCAAUAACCCAACAUUUAGGAGAGAAAAAAAAAAUGUUCCUGUUCCUCUAGAUGAAAAGCCAUAUCUAGUCAAAUAACUCUUUGAUUUUGAUAUUUUAAGAGAUGAACAUUUUAAAUAUGCCAUGUAGUUUCCGGUAUUGUUUGCUUGUUUUAAAAAGGGUUCAAGGACUAAUAUGAACUUUUGAAAAGCUUACUGUUGGUUUGCACAUAAAACAAAGUCAAUAUGGGGCAUUAAUAAUUGUACUAUACACACACACACACACACACACACACACACACACACACAAAUCCCUGGAUGUGUAAAAUAAAUAAUGGAGCAUUUGGUGUGGAAUAAUCUUGGUAUAUUAACCUGCGGCAUUUGUUAUCCCAUAUUAUCCAUCAGAGAUGAUCUAUACUGUGUUAAGUGUUCAUUUAUUAUUUAACUUGAAAGGAUAAGAUGUUAAAACAAAUGCCUCGGUUUCGAUUUCUAGUAUCUAUUGUGCUGGCUUUACCAAUAAUUUUUCGCAGUCUUUUGCUGUAUUGUACAUUGCUGUAUGUAUAAAUUGAAGGACCUGGAAAAAAUGGUAUAAGGAACUUUUGUAAAUGAGACCUAAAAAUCUUUAAUGGUUAAUAGGAUGAAUGGGAAAGUGCUUUUGGCAGAAUUCUCCCACCUUGAUCCUUGGGAGCAGCUUUUUGUGUGAUGGUGGAGGAUCUGUUUGGGCAGAUUUCCAUUUGAUUUGCUCUAGAUUGAGGCAAUUAAAAAGCUUGUUCUCUGUCACUGGUAUGAGGUCUUGCCAUAGUUCUCUGUGAUCUCUCAGCCCUGGUACCAGAGCUGAAAGCAGAGGCGCCACUUGCAUUGCACCAGCCUGGCUCUCGUGCUGGAGAACAGAACCUACUAGGGAGAAAUAGCCUGGGCCAGCUGCUCUCAACCUUGAGACCCAACUCCAUCACCCCUGACUGCUGGCCAUGCUGCCUAGGAAUGAUGGGAGUUGUAGCCCAACAAUAUAUGGGGGCUUAAGGUUGAGAAAGGCUGACCUGGUUGGAAACUCAAGGCAGUAGAAACAUAAGAUGAUUGGAACACCGCUGAACUUGAAGCAUGGGAAGCCCCGACAAAAAUUUAUAAUUUGGCAGAAUAUUUGGACUAUAUGAUAUGUAUUUGUAUAAUUUGGAAUACUUGAUGUGAUUUGAUUGGAUUGUUAAAAUGGAAAAUUUAAUAAAAAUUAUUUUUUAAAAAAGAGAGAGACAAAGGCUGACCUGGACUGCUCCGUGCCAGCCUUGGCUUGUUAAAAGCAACUAAUUCCUCUGGGUUUGUUAAGGUUCUGAUAUGUGCUUUUCUCCCCCCCUGCGGCACCCUGGCAAGAUAAGUCCUACAGCAGCUUCUACCAAGACAUGGAGCACCCGGUAACUCGCUACCUUAGAGAACCGCUUCACUUCCAGGUUGAGCUUCUCCACAGCGAGGACCCACAGCUAGAACUUUAUCUGGAGGACUGCUGGGCUACAGCAUCUUCUGACAGGAAGAGUCUUCCGCAGUGGAACAUAGUGAUGGACAGGUAAGAGUCUGAAUAAUACAUUACUAGUUCUAAGAGCAAGGAUGAUGUUUUCACAGCCUGUUAAUUGAGGGGUGAGGUGGUUGGCUGGUUUGGCUGCAUUUUAAAAUUAUAUCAUUCCCUUAGGUAUCUGGGGCAAAAAUAGAAAAGCACUUCUGGGUGGAGGAGUGAUGCCAAGAACUGAAUGAAAUAAUACGAAAACACAACACAAGGCAGAAUGGAGCAUGAGAAUCAGUACUACCUGCUGCUGUAUUCUCUUAAGUACCUGACCAUAUUGAAACAAACAUUUCUUAAAGGGGGAAGGGAGUUUUAGUAAAUUUCAGAAGCCAGAGACAGGGGUACUAGGCUUGUGCUGAGCAUCACAAGUGUGCAUAAUAGCAGGUCACAGGCUCCAGCUUUUCUUGUGGCACUCAGGCUGCCCCGGUGUGUUCAUUGCCAUGGGGCUGCUAGCCCACAAUGAUGUGGCAGCAAGGUUUGUAUCUCUUAGCUUCUCUGUCAUGUUUCCCCCACUCCAAGUUGUGAGAACACACAGGACUCUCAUCAAACCACAUUCCAUGGAGUGACUGAGGACUCUGUCCCAUUCCCUACACACCUGAAGCGGUUUGAAGUGAAAAUGUUUACAUUUAUGGUGGACAACCAGGCACUUCAAGGGCAGGUAAGGGAAGCUCUUGACCAUGGGAUAAUGCUUGCUAGUGAACUCUUUCCCCCCCCCCCACGUGGUCCCAUAAGAGUACAGACUUGCCUGCCUCAGUUGCUGUGCUCUGAUAGUUUCUGUGGAUGCAAACGGUCUUAACUAUUACUUUUUAUUAUUGUAAGCUGCCAUAGGAAUUAAAGUUAAGGGCACCAUAUUGAUUUAAAACAAUAAAAUUAAAGCUGAGCUGGUAUGUAUUUUGGCACAAGGAGACACGUGCUGGGGGCAGGGAGGGGAGGACGUAGUUGUCGGUAUCCUGACAGUUGGGAGUUUUGCUUCCUGGUUCUCCUGGUAUGUUAUGUUGCUUUUACUGUCCUCAGAUCUACUUCCACUGCAGUGCAGUCAUCUGUGAUUCCAGCUGGCUGGCCAUGGACACCACCUGUGCCCGGCGCUGCAUUCCCAGAAGGCAGAGAGUUGGUAGGUGUCUUGUGAGGUAAAUGGCUUCUGUAGAGCUCUCUACCUUCAAAUACAGCAGCAGGAGAUCUGUGGCUCUCAAAGCAACGUGGCCAAUGGGAACUGUAUUCUUAACAGUGGAUCGCAAAUUCCUCACCUCUCUUCUAAUCCCCUGCCAGAGGCCAGCAUGGCUUUCCCUAGAACACAGGUGGGAAACUUUCUUACUCUGCACGCCAUGUCCUUGGCAGGAUCUGCUUUGCAGGCCAACCCAUCUGUCAGUCACCUGAAAGGAGGACUAGCCUGCACAGCCAAUGCAAAAUUGAACCCCACCCCCAUCAGCAGACAUCACUGUUAUCUUGAAAGGUGGGUGUGGUUUUCUGGGGAAACAGAUGGGUUUUAGGUCAGCUCAAAAAGAAAUGCACUCAGCAAUUGAUGUCUUGUCAUGUGCGCACAUGGGUAUAAUGCACAGUUUUUUGUUUUAAACUGAUGAGCAGAUAGUCUCAGUACUGAGAUGUCUAUUGUUGCCAUACCUCAGAGGCCUUUUUAAGGCUACAGGUUCAUGCAAGCUAAACACAUCAUUUAGACUGUUCCUUAAAACACAACUAUAAUAGAAAUUUCUAUUAUAGUUGUGUUUUAAGGAGCAGUCUAAAUGAUGUGUUUAGCUUGCAUGAUAUUAAUAUUGUGAUAUUAAGUCUAAAACUCAUGAAGACAUAAUGGCACUACUUAUGAAAGCAUCUGUUUAUGACUCUGGAAAUCUAUCUUAGGAGAGCAGCCUGGCUGAGGCUAUGCUGCGGACCACGCAGUUCUCCAGGAGAACCACAGUGCAAGCUGGACUAUUACAACUUCCUGUAGCAUUUCAGGAAAUGGCUUUUGUUCAUUGGGUUUCUAUAACAUAAUGGCAUUUUGGGGCCUAUGCAAUAGUAAAGAUGGAAAGUGGAUUUCAAGUCUGCAUAGCUUAUUAGCUACAUUAUACUGAUUGCAGAGUCCCUCUGCUUUAGGAGGAUGUAAAUGAAUGUGGUAAUGCUGCCUUUUCCACCCUCCCUUUCCAGGCCGAAGCAUUGAUUCUACCCGCAGUCGGCAAGUGCAUGUCUCAUCUGGACCAGUUGUGAUAAGGAGGGACCAUACGUGA